GUCCCACUGUGUAUUUCAGACUGGCCUUGAACUCUCAGUGGCCUUCUGCCUCAGCCUCCAGAACACUAGAAUUGUAGGCACAUGCUGACAUGCCUGGUGGCCUUCUCACUGUUAAACCACCUCUUGGUUGCAUGGUGGGGCACUAAAGGAUAACGCAUUGUUCUACAACCCCAGCUUUCCCUCGAUGACGAGCACGCACCCCUUUUCCUGCUGGAAGACUGUGUGUGGAAACUGUGGCCAUGGCGUCGACACCGGACCCCGUGACCUUCCGAGAGUUCUGCCCCCUGUACCAUCUCCUCAAUGCCAUCCCUGCCAAGGUGCAGAAGGGUUUCCGCUCCCUGGUGGUCUACCUCACGGCGCUCGACGCCAACGGGGACUACAUCGCCGUGGGCAGCAGCAUUGGCAUGCUCUACCUGUACUGCCGCCGCUUCAGCCACAUGCGGAAGUACAACUUUGAGGGGAAGACAGAGUCCAUUACCGUGGUGAAGCUGCUGAGCUGCUUCGAUGACCUGGUGGCAGCUGGCACGGCCUCUGGGAGGGUUGCAGUUUUCCAGCUCGUGUCCUCACUGCCAGGAAGGAACAAGCAGCUUCGGAGAUUUGACAUCACUGGAGUGCACAGAAAUAGCAUCACCGCGCUGGCCUGGAGCCCCAAUGGGAUGAAACUGUUCUCAGGAGACGACAGAGGGAAAAUCGUGUACUCCUUUCUGGAUCUGGACCAGGGGCUCUGCAGCUCACUGCUGGUGCUGGAGGAGCCGGCGUCUAUCGUGCAGCUGGAUUACAGCCAGAAGGUGCUUCUUGUGUCCACCCUGCAGAGGAGUCUGCUCUUCUACACUGAGGAGAAGUCUGUGCAGCAGAUCGGGACGCAAGCGAGGAAGAGUACUGGAAAAUUUGGUGCUUGUUUUAUACCAGGACUGUGCAAACAGAGCGACCUUACUGUGUAUGCGGCCCGGCCUGGGCUGCGACUGUGGAAGGCUGACGCGCAGGGCACAGUGCAGGCCACCUUCAUCCUGAAGGAUGUCUUUGCUGGUGGGGUCACGCCCUUCGAGCUGUACCCACGUGUGGAGCCCGCAGACAAGGGAGGCUGCAGCUCCCCCGAGAAGCACCUGGGGCUAGUGUCCUGCUUCUUCCGGGAAGGCUGGGUGCUGAGCUGGAACGAGUAUAGCAUCUACCUUCUGGACACUGUGAGCCAGGCCACCAUUGCUGGUUUAGAAGGAUCGGGUGAUAUUGUGUCAGUUUCCUGCACAGAAAAUGAAAUCUUUUUCUUGAAGGGAGACAGGAACAUCAUCAGAAUUUCGAGCAGGCCUGAAGGACUAGCACCUGUAGCAAGAGAUGGUCUGGAGGUGGUGCGGUGUCCCGAGCAAGUACACGCUCAGGGUCUGGAGAAGCCCCUGGGGACAGCCACCUUGGAGAUGAGGCUCAGAGGCUCCUCCCUGGCCAGCUCAGCCACCAGUGAGCCCCGCAGCAGGAGCAGCUCGCUCACCUCUACCGACAGCGGCUCCAGCCUGCUCCCGUCCGCUCCCCUGGCUGCCCCAGAGUCCGGUAAGGGCAGCCAGCCCACCUCACAGAGAUUCAGCACCAUCAGUUCGGAGGACUUCGAGCAGGAGCUGGUUGUGAAGCCCAUCAGGGUGAAGAGGAGGAAGAAGAAGAAGAGGACAGAAGGAGGUGGCAGUGACGCCUGUCCUAGCUCCCUGGAACCAACUCCCUGCUCCGAGCUCCCUGGUGGUAGCCCGCAGUCCCUGAGCAUAGACCAGCUGUCCGUGGUGUCAAGCACACUGGGCAGCAGCAGUGUGGACCAGCUGAGCACUGAGUCACCUGACCAGGAAAGCAGCCUUGGGGGCAGCGGGGUGAACGGUGUCUUGCUGGAAAAUAAUGAUCCUGAAACAUUUAGUGUCCUGGAGGUGCCUGAAUCUGUCCCUGAUGUACUAGAUGAAGAAGAUGAUGUUGCCACUGAACUUCCACAGUGUCAUCGUGCGUGUGAGCCGGAGCUGCUCCCUAGGGUGUUGACAUUACCCUUGCUCCUGAGGGACAGUGUAGAAGACGGCCAUGACCAAGGACGCGAAGAAUAUCCUGGUCCUGGGAAUGUUGACCUCAGCCACAGACGGGUGCCCUGCCCAGGCCAGGCCAGCUCUGCCCAGACCCCCAAAGGGAACACAGAGGCUGAGAGCCCCCAGAGCCCUUCUCCAGAACCCCCGCUCCUGGACUUGCUCAUGGCGACUCCCAACUCCAGCUGUGCCCCGAGGGCAGCAUCAUGGCUGCCGAGCAUCGGAGCCAAAGAGGGAGGUGCCCAGCAGGCCAGCAAAGAGCAGGACGGCCCUGGCCACAUCAGCACAGACCCCUGGCCUGCUGUCUCUAAUGAUGACACAGGGGACAAGGACACACCCAUGUCCAAAGGUGACGGCAGCGGGGGGACACUGGUGGCUCCUCUGAUGACCACCUCGGCGGCUGGUAUCCAGGAGCCUUGGAUCGAGCCACCUUCCCAGGAGCUGGCCCUGACGUCUAGUGAUGAGGAGGACAUCUAUGCCCACGGGCUGCCGUCCUCAUCCUCAGAGACGAGUGUGAUGGAGCUCAGAGCCGGCUGCUCCCUGCAGGACCUGAGCCAGCCUGGGACAGACGACCCCACCCUGCUCAAGUCGGAUCAGUUUGCAGAGAGCUGGAUGGGCUAUUCUGGCCCUGGCUACGGCAUCCUCAGCUUGGCAGUCUCCGAGAAGUACGUCUGGUGCCUGGACUACAAGGGUAGUCUGUUCUGCAGCGCAUUGCCGGGAGCCGGGCUACGCUGGCAGAAGUUCGAAGAUGCUGUCCAGCAGGUGGCGGUGUCGCCCUCAGGAGCCCUGCUCUGGAAGAUUGAGCAGAAGUCCAACCGUGCUUUCGCAUGUGGGAAGGUGACCAUCAAGGGCAAGCGGCACUGGUAUGAAGCACUGCCCCAGGCUGUGUUUGUGGCCCUGAGCGAUGACACAGCCUGGAUCAUCAGGACCAACAGUGACCUAUACCUGCAGACAGGCCUCAGCGUGGACCGCCCCUGUGCCCGUGCCGUGAAGGUGGACUGUCCCUACCCGCUAUCCCAGAUUGCCGCCCGGAACUGCGUGGUAUGGGCGCUGACAGAGCAGAGGGCCUUGCUGUACCGUGAGGGCGUGAGCAGCUUCUGCCCCGAGGGGGAGCAGUGGAAGUGUGACAUCAUCAGUGAAAAGCAAGCACUGGAGCCCAUCUGCAUCACUCUCGGUGACCAGCACACCCUCUGGGCGCUGGACAUCUGUGGGAAGCUGUGGUUCAGGACUGGCGUGGUGCCCAAGAAGCCUCAAGGAGAUGAUGAUCACUGGUGGCAGGUGAGCAUCACAGAUUACGUGGUGUUUGACCAGUGCAGCUUAUUCCAGACCAUCAUCCAUGCCACACACUCGGUGGCCACAGUGGCCCAAGCACCCGUGGAGAAGGUGGCGGACAAACUGCGCAUGGCGUUCUGGUCCCAGCAGCUUCAGUGCCAGCCCAGCCUGCUGGGGGUCAACAGCAGCGGUGUCUGGAUCUCCUCGGGCAAGAACGAGUUUCAUGUCGCCAAGGGAAGUCUCAUAGGCACUUACUGGAAUAAUGUUGUUCCCCGCGGGACAGCAUCCGCAACAAAAUGGGCCUUCGUGCUGGCUUCUGCAGCUCCUACCAAGGAAGGGAGCUCCCUGUGGCUGUGCCAGAGCAGCAAGGACCUGUGCAGCAUCAGCACCCAGAGUGUGCAGUGCCGGCCGUCCACGGUGCAGCUGCCACCUGACUCCGAGAUAUGUGCUUACGCUGCCUGCCUGGAUGCACUGUGGGCCCUGGACGGUCUUGGGCAGGUGUUCAUCCGCACGCUAUCCAAGAGCUGCCCCACUGGCCUGCACUGGACAAAGCUGGACCUCUCACAGCUAGGAGCCAUAAAGCUGACCAGCUUGGCGUGUGGAAACCAGCACAUCUGGGCCUGUGAUUCCAGGGGCGGAGUUUACUUCCGGGUCGGCACCCAGCCUCUGAAUCCCAGCCUAAUGCUCCCGGCCUGGAUUUCCAUUGAGCCGCCUACCCAGCCUGCUGGGGUCACCCUGGUCAGCGUCUAUGCCAGUCCCAAUGACCAGAUGCUGUGGGCGCUGGACAGCAGGUGGAACGUGCAUGUCCGCUCCGGAAUCACCGAGGAGAUGCCCGUGGGCACUGACUGGGAGCAUGUGCCAGGGUUGCAGGCCUGCCAGCUGGCGCUGAGCACCAGGACCGUGUGGGCCCGCUGUCCCAAUGGUGACCUUGCCCGGCGCUAUGGCAUCACAGACAAGAACCCUGCUGGCGACUACUGGAAGAAAACGCCCGGAAACGCGUUGUGUGUCACAGUGACCUCAUCAGACGAGCUGUGGGCAGUGGGCCCCCCCGGCUGCCUCCUCCAGCGGCUCACGAGGACAUUCAGCCAUGCACACAGCACCCCGAGGUGCAACCAGGUGGCCGACCCGCACACUGAGGACCUGGAGGAUGAGUGGGAGGUCAUCUGAGGCCCCAGAUCUGUGAAAGCUGGCCUCGUGACACAUGUCCACAUCCAGCCACCCCAGCACCCACACUUGUUAUCCAUCUUGUUCCUGUCUUGUUCAAGAACCUAUGGCCUUGGCUGAGUGCUCAGAGUUGUCACCGCCACGGCAGCACCUAUGGCCUCUUGUAAGUGGCCUCCAGGUGGGUACGACCACUGUGUGGCUCCUCCCCUGAAGCCAGGCUCUGGUCACACCUGGGGCCUGUGUGCAGGACACGAAGGAGCCCCAGGCAGGAGCCGGGACUGUGGACACUGUGACAGCAGCUCCAGGUGACAGGCAGUCACUGCUCCCAGCAUCACAGCCACAGGUCCCUGUCCCUCUGAGACGCAGCACCUCGGCCCUCUCCACAAUGGGCCAGGCUGGACCAGGUCUCCUGUGGCACUGGGCUGUGUGCAAGGAGACCACAGUGCUACAUACCUGUCACCUGCUGCCCCACCACCAGGACUACGGGUGCCAGAGACAGGAACUGCACACCAGGGCCGGGCUGGGUGACGUUGGACUGGUGCCACUGUGGCCGCCAUAAAGCCAGACACCUGCUCCAGGCGGGACUGCUGACUAUGGCCUCGUGUUUGCUGUAUUACAAACCCAUGUGAGAUACCUCAUCCCAAAUCAGAUCUUACCUUAGCAGAGAAACACCUGAGAGCAGCGAGGCCCCAACCUUCCCCAUGCUGUCCAGCACCACCUGGCACCCUCAGGGCAUUGAAGCCAGGGCCUGCUGGCCGUGGCCUGGCCUCAUCACUGGGACCUGGGUUCUCGGGGUUGGUGGACAUGCUGCCCUCUGGCACCCGAGCUCCAGCCAGGGCCCAGCGAGUCCUGGCAGCUACGGCUGCUGUUUUUAGCCACCUCUGCCUGGUGACACUCGAUGCCUGCUUCUGCUGAGCAAGGCGUCGGGAGCCCAGGCUGCAGGUGGUGGCAGUGACACAGUGUGACAGCCACCAGCCAUGUGGGGGAGGGCGAGAGGCGACCAGGCUGUUCCACUCCUUCACAGAGCCUGCCUGGGAGUCCAGUCAGCGCUGUGCCAUCCUGGGCCCGGGACAUAACUGCAGUUGAGCCAGGUCCAGUGGAUUCUCUCAACUCCUUUUACCUUCAGUGUGCGUGCGGUUUUCUUCAGUUAUGCUUUGAGAUUGUGCAAUAAACUUGACUUUUAACAGACCUGGGCAAGUCUAGGAGGAAGCUCCUCUCAGGUGCCCCCAAGGGCCCGGCUGGAGACCUGACCAGUGGUAAAAUGUGUGUCCCAUUUGCCCAGCUGCAGCCACCCCAGGAUGAGGUGCACCCUCGGCGAGCACAGGUUGUCUUCCCACAGCCCAGGGCAGCGCUGCAGGAGCAGCAGGCAAAACCUUACCGAAGUGCAUUAUGGGAAUUAACGCCUGAACCGUUGAGGUCAGACCUCAUGGAGAAGGUGAGGCUGCCAGGACUGGGCAUGGUGGUGCACUCCUGCAAUCCCAGUGCUCUGGGAGGCUGAGGCAGGAAGAUCACAAAUCUUACCCCAGCUUGGGCAAAGUAAUAUCAAAUG